AUGGCGGGCGUGCCCGUGGGAGCGGAGCCUGUGGAGUCAGAGUCAGACGGUACGGACCAGCAGUCCGAGUCGUCAGCGGACCUGGUCGAGGUCGGAAGUGUCUACCGCGGCGGUGCCUCCGACGGCCGAGGCCAGGACUUCGGCCUGGAGUCCGUCACGAAUGUGAUCGUCGAGGCAGUUGAGGUCGACGAGUGCGGCAUGCCAAAGCACAGCCUCCGUGAGGCGGCUGAGGGGCGUGCCGACGCGAGCGGCCGUCGGCUGCGGAGCCUCCGCCUCGCGGAGGGGCCGACCUGCGCGCUCGGUCGGGGCGACUGCGCGUUGCGCUGCAGCCCGGCCCAGGCUAUCGGCAGAACGAGCGAGCGUGUCACUGCCCAGGUUGGGGAGGAAGUUCCAGACGAGUUUCCACCGGCCUUCGUCAAGUAUCUGUCGGAUGUGGUCAUUCCUCAGAGUCCCAUCGUGUCGACUUGUAUCGAAUUCUACUGCGUGGUGCGUGCGGUGUACGAGGCCGCGCAUGCUGUACUGUCGGGCAAGACGGCCUAUGCCCUCGACGUGCUGAGCCAGCGCCUUCUGGCCCUCCAGCUGCUGUGGCUUGACAAGAAGUGGUCUGGAGCGCGCUGGCUGGAGCUCUUUUCCCCUCCGAACGAGCAGCUGGCCCUCAAGGCGGAGGAGUGCGAGAUCGUGCGCGCGGUCCUCUCGGAGCUCUUCGCCCAGCCCAGGCGGAGCUGGGGCUUCGACCAGGAAAGGGGGCCGCCGAGGGGCGACCAUUUUCCCGCUGGCCAGCCUGGCGGGGAUCAGGCCCAGAGGUCGCGGCCGCGGCCUGGCGCCCCGACGCACGCGAACCUCGUCGGGGACACCCCGCUGCCCCUUGGCGGCGGGGCGGCUCUGGGCAGCGCGGCGCAGGGCCGGCAGCGGACCGCGCAGCUGGUGCGCGAGGACGACCAGGAGAAGAGCACGGCCAAGGCUACCCCCUGGAGGACCGCCAGGGCCGCCCGCCCGAGGGGGCAGGGCGACGCGCGGGGCGCCUGCGGCAUCCGCCUCGGGGAGCCGAUGUAG